AUGACUGACUCUAUGAACUUGAGAGAUUCUGGAAAAUCUCAUGAACUUUUCAUAGGAAGUAAUAUAACCGAAAAUGUGUAUGAGAACGAAAUAAAUGCUAUGAAAGAAAUGACUAGUUCAAAUGAUGUUAGAAUGGGGACCAAAAUAAAAAAAGCAACAGUUAAUGGCGAAGGAGAAAUAAAAAGAAAGCAUACAAAAAAAAAAAUCGAUAUUAUGAGCUUAUUGAAAAAAGAUAAAAAGAUAUAUAAAAUGGAAAAAGGAUCCAUUUCCGAUAUAUAUGAUUCUUAUUUACUAUCUAAUCCAGAGCAUGUAGAUCACCAAAAAUAUUAUUUAUCUUUUAGUGAAUUAAAUAAACAGAACUCUUCUGAUAAAAAUACAAAUGCCAAUGCUAAGCAUAGCGAUAAAAGAAAUUCCAAAAGUGUGAGGAAUAUGAAAAAAAAGAUAAGUAUGAAUAAGAAGAAAUCGAAAGACGAUAAUGAUAAUGUAAAGAUUAAAAAAAAAAAAAGCAGUAAUAAAAAAAAAAAAAAAAGUCUAAAUUAUAUAGAUAAUUCUAAUAAUGCUGAAGAGGAAACACAAGCACAAAACAGUAUGGAAAAGAAUUUAAAUUUUGAACCCCAUGACGAUUUAAAGAGAGAAGUCGAAAAGAUAAAAGCAGAUAUAGAUAAAAUAAAAAAAAAAGGAAAUGUAAAAAGAAUUUAUGAUGAUUUAAAAUAUAUUUUACUUUUUCAAAACGAAAUAAUUGAUAUAUUAAUAGAAGAUAUAAGAAAAAAUAAAUUAAAAACAAAAUAUGAAUAUUUAGAAGACAGUACAAUUAAAGAUGAUAUAAAUAAAGUUAUUCUAAAUCAAAUAACAUUUGAUCUUUUAAAAUUUAAAUAUAUCAAUACUAAGUUAAAAGAAUUAAUUUUGUGUGUUUAUGAUACGAAAAAAUUUAAUAGUUUAAUAAAAGAAAUUAUAUAUAAUAAAAUAAAUGAAAUGAAAAGGAUUGGAGCUCAAGAUGGAGAACUUACUUUUGCUAAAACAAUGCUAUCUUUUUUAUAUAAGCAAUUAAAAUAUUCUUUAGAAGAAGAAGUACAAAGUUAUUAUGACAAUGUAAAAAAUCUAAAUGAUGAUAUUCAUAAUAUAAAAAAAAAUGUGAUAAACUUAAUUUUUAAUUCAAUAGAUAAUAUGACAACUAUUCCAUCUCCUGAAAAAAUCUACAACGUUUUAGGAAAUGACCAGAUAGAAAAAAAAAAAGAAUACGAAUAUAAAGCUGCUCAAAAGAAGCAAUUAGUAUGUCCACCAUAUUAUAGAGAUUUGAAUGAUUUUUUUUAUUUAUACGAUUCUAUUUAUACUGAUGAUAAAAUAAAUGCUGCUAAAGCCAGCGUAUUAUCACAGCAUAUGAGUAAAUUUAAGAAUUAUUGCAUUAUAGAUAAAAUAAACAAAGGGGUAGAAGAAGACACCCCCAAUGUUGAUAUAGCACUUCAUAGAAAUGUAUCAAAUAAAAAUAGUGAAAUUAAUACAGUGCCACAAGUUUUAAAUACAGCCCAAUUAUGUAAAAGUUCUCAUAAAUUGAAAACCCAAUCAUAUCCUGCUCAUUUAUCUCAUCAAAAUAUUUACAAUAACUUGCCAAACAAUUUGGCUAAUAAUGCAAUUGAUAUGACGAUGCAUGGUAAUGCUAUUUUGAAUAAUAAAUUGAACAACCAUGCAGAAGCUUCAAGUAUGCAAUUUGGUACUUUACCUAAUGCAAAGCCAUUAAAUGAAUACAAUUUUGAUGCAAUACAAAAUGGGUACACAAAUAUGAACACUCAGAAUAUUAAUAAAACUUAUAGUAAUAAUAGGCUUACACAUAAUUUAAAUAUAGAUAACCGAAGUAUGCAUAAUAAUAUUCCUACCAAUAGUAAUAAAAAUAAUAAUGUAAUGAUGCCAUUAUCAUUUAGGAAUAUUCCAGAAUGUAAUUUGUUUUGUAAUGGAGAUACACGAAUUUCAAGUGAACAAAUUAAUUGUGUUAAUUUUAUAGAUAACUGUAAUAAUGUACAAAAUGAAAUAUAUAAUAAUAAUAUUUUGUAUAAAUGUAUAGACAAUACUCAUGGUAAUAAAGUAUCCAUAAGAAGGGUUGAUAAUUUGUACUAUGAUCCGGAUACUAUGCAACUUAUAGCAAAUAACAAUUUUAUACCUGCCAAAUUUUCUGUUGAUAAUGAUCAUAAUAGAAAUUUAAAUAGUAGCCACCAUGUAUUGAACAUAGAAAAUAUGGAUAAUGAGAUCCAUAUUCAUGACCCUAAUAAUGAUGAAAAUGCACACGUAGGUAACAACAUUCAGUUGAGCAAUUAUGAAACUAAGAAUGUGGAUACAAAUGUAGAUAAUGCUCAUGCAUACUCAGGUUUUGAAAUAUUGUCUGAUAAAGAAGAUUUUAAAAAAAUCGAAACAUUUUUAAAUGAUAAAUGGGGUAGUUUUAAACUUUUUGAGAAAUGGCUAAAAGAUUGCUCAAAAUGGCAAUGGAUAGAUUUAAAAUUACAAAAAGAAUAUAUUAAUAAUAAUAUAGAAUUAGAAAAAUUAAAAGAAGAGAAAAAAAAAUAUUUAGAAAAAUGUAUAAAUAAUAAAAUAAAAGAAUUAUGGUGUGGUCGCGUAAAGGGUUUAAUGAAUGUAAAAUUGUGUAGUAUGGAAAAAAAAAUAGCAAAUGAAUUUUCAUUAAACAAUAUAAUUAAAAAUAAUAUUCAUGAGGUUACAUUAGAUUAUGAAAGAAGUGCAAUGUGUCAUCAGGAUUUAUAUGCCCAACUUUAUGUAACUGGUUUAAGCAGUAAAAAAAUAGAAAUGAUAAAAAAAGUUAAUGAAUUUAAUAAUGGCCAAGCCAAUGCUCAAGAGAAUGAAAACGAUGCAAAAAAAAAAAAAGAUUCAUCAAAAAAGAAGGGAUAUGUGCACUCUUUAAUUUAUAGUUUCAAUAAAAAAACGAACAAACAAAAUAAGAGCAAAUUUAGCAUUAUUAAGGAUACAAAACAAGCUAUUGAAAACCCUAAAAAGCAAAGCUUGACAGAAAAAACAGAUGGUGAAGGAAUAACUCCUAAUAAUAAUAAUGAAGAUGGAGGAAAGAUAGAAAAUAAGCAAAAAAGAAACAGUGCUGAAAAUACUACUACUAAUAAUAACAAUGUAAAUGAACAAUACAAAAAAAGAAAUAGCGAUGAAACAGAUAAGCGAAAUAUUACACGAAUGGAUAAACUUAAUAAUCCAAAUCUUGGUAAACGAAAUAGUUACAAUGAAGGAAUUAUUGAAGAUAAGGAAAUAAAAGAAGCAAAUAAAACUAAUGAUGAAUAUUAUGCUAAUAAUUCAUACGAAAAUAAUAUGUCCUACUUGGAUAAUGAUUCUUUUAAAAAUAAAAAUUCAAAUAAACCUGAAAUAGUUGAAAAAAACAAUAGUAAUAUAAAAAAGAAAAAAGGAGAUAAUCUUGGUGGAUCUUUUUUUGGUAGUUUCUUUAUGUUCCGAGGCGACCAUAAUAAAAAGGGUUCACAAAUUGAGUCAAAUAAUGGAUCUGCAAUUGUAGAAGGCAAAUCGGAUGGCUCAAAUGACGCGUCUGAUUAUUCGUUCAAAUAUAAUAAUAAAGAAGAUAAAAAAAGACGCAUGAAAAAAAAGAAUAGCAAAAAAAGUAAUAUCAGUACUUUUAAAAAGAUAUUUAAUUUAAGCAGAAAAAAAAAAAAAAAAGAAGACGAUAAAUCCCCAUCUCCAAAAUCAAAAGAAAAAAAUAAAAGAAAAGAUAAUACAAUUGACACCAAUGUUGAAAAUAAUGAAGAUAAAUAUAACAACGAAAGUAGUAGUCAAAGUAGCAAUGAAGAAGAUGAUCAUACUAAUAAUUAUAAAAAAAAUGAUCCAAACAAAAAAAAGACUAAUAAAAGUGAUGAUGAUGAAGAUUUAAAUAACAAAUCAAGCUCGACAGAAGAAUUUAAAUUUGAUGACGAAUUCGAAUUUCAAAUUUUAAAAAAAGAAGUAGGUGAUCAUUUGCAUAUUGAAGAUGAUAUUGAAAAAAGUAUAAUAUUUGAGAGGUUUGACGAAGAAGACGCGUUUGAUGUUGCCACAAAUAAAAGCAAUAGCUCUAGCUCAAAUUCAAAUGAUUCAAAUAAAUCCAUUCAUCAAACUGAUCAUACUGAAACCAAAAUUAAAACUAAAAAAAAUAGUAACGAUAAAAGCGAAAAAAAAAACUCAGCUGAGGUAAAAAAUUUACCAGUGGUCAAAACGGAUAACCUUCAAGAAAAAGAAAAAAUUACUGAAAAUGUGAAUCAAAAAGAUGAACCUAAGAGUAAAAAAAAAAAUUCGGUAACACUUCAAGAAAAUAAUGAAAUAAUUGGAGAAGAUACGAAUCUGUCUAAAGUAAUUACAGAAACAAAGAAAGUGAAAUCAGAAGAUAGCUCGAAAAAUGAGCAUGAUAAAAAUAAAGAAGUGCUAUCGUUAGAAAAAGGUGAUGAAAGGAAGGAAUCCAAUGCUUUGAAUGCUGUAGAUAAAACCGAAUACGAUGAGGUAAAAGAGAUAAUAGAAGAUAAUAUUAAAGAAAAUGAAACAGAAAAGGGUUCAAUGAAUAAAAGUAAAAGAAAUGAUUCUAUUGCAUAUUCAUGUGCAUCUUAUUAUUCAAAUGCAGAUGAAACUUAUUAUGAUAAAUAUUCAAAAAUAGGAACUAGCGAAAAAAAAAAUAAAAAUAAGUUUAAUAAAUUUUUAACAAAUCUGGGAAAAUUUGGUUUUAAACAUUCAAAGAAAAAGGGCGAAGAAAAAACAAAUUAUAGCCAAAGUGUUGUAACAGAUAAUGAUGAUAAUGUUACUCUAAAUAAAAUUGAUGAUCAUAAAAAUAAUCCAGACGUACUAGAAAAAGAAGAUUACAUUUUAGAUGACCCUCAUAUAAAUUGGGAAACUGAAAAGCUUAUUAUACAUAGUGAUGGAAGUGAAAAAAGUGAUAAACACCAUAAUAAGAAUAAAGAAAACAAUAAAAGUGAAGAAUCAACCAAGAAAAAAAUGAGUAUAAAAGUUGAUAAAUUAUAUUCAUAUAUAAAUAAAUUAAAAGAAAAAAAAAGGAGCGUAACAAAUAAUGAUGUGCUUGAUCAAAGCGUGAACGUAUCAAAACAUAAAGAAGAAGAAAAUUCGAAAGUUGACAAUAAAAUUAUGGAGAAGAAAGACGAUAAAGAUACUGCUAACAAUAUCAAUGAGACAAAUGAAAAUAACAAAAAUACUAAUAAAUAUAAAAUGGGAAAUCCCCGUGACAAUAUUACUAUAGUGAAGAAAGAAAAUAACGAAUGUAAAAUAAAUGAAAUAGAAAUAAACCAUAACAUAAAAAGUGUGGAUAAUGAAAAUAGCAGUAUGGAUGAAAAUUUAUUAGGAGAAAAAUAUAAAACUAACUCUUUUGAUAAUUGUAAAAAAUCACCAAAAUUUGGAAAUAGUUCUAAUGAUAUAGACAAUAUAAAAUGGGAUGAAGAUUUAGCUGAAAAAAUUUUAAAUGAUUCUUAUUUGGAACAGCAUUCUAAGGAUAGCAAGAGUAGUAGGGAGAGUAAAAAAAAGAAAGAGAAGAAGAAAAAGAGUAAACAAAACAAAGAACGAAAUAAUGGUGAAAAAAGUCAAAGCAUAAAAGACGAUAGCCCCCUUUCUAUGUUAGAUUAUGAAGUAAAUAGCAAUAAAAAAGGAAAAAAAAGUAAUAAAAAAAAAAAAAAUUAUAAUGAGAUAAUACUUUCAGAUGAUAUGAUUGAUAAGAAAGAAGUACCUAAUACGAUGUACAAUGAAAUAUAUCUUCAUAAUAGCCACACAUAUUUAGGUGAAAAAUCAAAUAAACUUCAGGAUUAUCAGGAUAGUAUUGAUUCCUUUUCAUUGAAAAAAAAAAAUAAUGAUGAUGAUAGUGCUUCAUCAAACUCAUUAAGUGCUGUAAAAUUGUCGAGUUUUAUAUCGACACCAGAUAGCCAAGAUGACGAUAGUAAUAAAAAUUUUGAGAGUAUAUUAAAAAAUGAAACCAAUAUGGAUAUAUAA